CUAGCGGCGGUUACUUGAAAUGUAUAUUGUCAUAUGUUUGUUAUAUUAUAGGUGACAAUUUUGGAUGGUUACUGGCUGUAAAAAUGACUUUCCACAGCCAUUCCUGUUAAGCAUUUGAGUGUUAAAAAUAAAUUAGUUGGAGACUACUUAUUUCUAUUCAGGACUCUACAGGCCACAGUAUAUAUAUAGCACAACCUCUACUAUAUAUAUAUAUGUAUAUAAAUAUAUACAUAUUCAUUCCUUCCCAGCUUCCCCAAAGUUCUUGAUCAAGUACAAAACCCAAAAGUCAUUACCAAUAUUAUUUUCUAAGCUUCUACAGAUCUUGUUAAUGGCGGCAUCACUUGCAAGAGGGCUAAAAGUGGCGUUCGUGGUGAUGAGCUGUGUUUCCAACGCUGUUCUCAUCCACCUUAUUGCUACUCAAGGAUUACUUUUCCUACCUGAAUUCCACACUAUGUGGGCAAUGUCGUUCCUGUUUGACUUCAAUGUCCUUCUUAUUCCAAUUGUGAUAUGGAUUAUCUACAAGGAAUCAAAUUGGAAGAAUACAAUUAUGUGGGCAUUUCCUAUACUGAUGAUUGGAAGUUCUACAUUUUGCCCGUACAUUGUAGUGAAACUUAUGGAACUUUCACCUCAAGAAUCAGAAGAUGAUCCUAUUUACUUUGUCUUGCUAACUAAGAAGAAAAGGGAUGAGAGGGAAUCGAGAAGCAUACUUCCAGUCAUAAUCGCGAGAUUUUAUUUCGGCUAUAUGGCUGGUUAUAUGGUCAUUUUAUGGACUUACACUAUUGCGGUCGAUGGAUUUCCACUCCGUAGAGAUGUUUUCACUCCGUUUGCAUUGGCAACAUUUAUCGACAUCCACUUCCUUUUGAUUACUUUUUCGAUUUGGGUGGCCUACAAAGAACCAACAUGGAUAACCGCGGCUUUCUGGAUCGUCAUGUUGAUGUGUUUUCAUAGCAUCGGAGCGUACUUGUACAUCCUCCGGAAGCUCUUCAAGAUCUCGCGCCGCGACCCCGUCUCCCGCGUUCUUUUCAACAGGACAGACAAUGGCUAUGAAGAAACUCUCUUGGGAUGAAUCAUGAAUGACCAUCUAUUUGGACAGUGUUUAUUCAUCUAUGGCUAUUUGAUUUGUGUGACAAUUGUUGCUGUUAUUACAUUAGCCACUGGUGAAUUUAAUUCAAUUAUAAUAAUAUGAUAUCAGAGUUUGACUCGCUAUCGUCUUGUUCAAAAAAUUCGUAUUGGCCACCUUGGUUGACUACACAAAUUGCUUGUGUUUUGUAGCCCUGCAUCACGUGUCUGCGACUAGUUUACUCAAAUUCCUUUUUCCCAUAGCUUCCAUGGAAAUUAUCAAAUUGGUUCUCAGCCUACAGUAAGUGAAAG